CAUUUCGAGAACCUGCUGCCAUCUGCCUCACCCAACACAAACGUCUUAUACAAGCUAAAGGUCCCUACUCAAGCAGAACCUGACAUAACAAUGAAUAACAAACAUAACCUAAUAAUCCAGAUCCAGGUGAUUGGUGUAACUUGGAUAAUUUCAACGUUAAAUCGCUAAUUGUAAAGAAAAGAUGCAAUCCGCAACCAAACUGGCCGUGAGAUCAAUUGCCAGACAAUGGAGGCAACUGCAUACGAGCGUGCCUGCACUGCUGACCCACGGGGCUCAAGAGCCUGCAAUGGAACCGCUGGAAAUUCCACCGCCCAGUGGCAUCGAAAAGCCAGUCUCCGAAAAAAUUAACAGAAUCGCCACCGACAUUUCCCAGCUGAAUCUGAUCGAAGUGUCCGAGCUGAGCAGCGUGUUGAAAUCGAGGCUGAAUCUGCCCGACGCCCCAGUUUUUCCAGCUGGAGGCUUUGCAAUGGCGAAUCCAGCAGCGGAAGAGGACGAAGAGGCCGCUCCCGUCAAAGUCCAGACUUCCUUCACGGUGAAACUGAUGAAGUUCGAAGAUAAACAGAAAGUCGCCUUGAUCAAAGAAAUUAAGAAUCUGAUGGAGGGCAUGAACCUGGUGCAGGCGAAGAAGUUCGUUGAAAGUAGUCCUGCGGUGGUUAAGGCCGAUAUUCCCAAGGAUGAAGCCGACAAACUGAAGGAAGCCAUUGAGAAAGUCGGCGGAACGGUUGAAAUCGCUUAAGAAGGGACUUUUUUGCUGUUUGUAUGUAGGUUCUGUUUAAUAUAAGACUAGACAUUU